CCUCGGCGGCGGCGCGCGGCAGCGGCGCGAGCCAUGAAGCUGAACGUGGACGGGCUCCUGGUGCUGUUCCCCUACGAGUUCAUCUACCCCGAGCAGUUCUCCUACAUGCUGGAGCUGAAGCGCACGCUGGACGCCAAGGGCCACGGGGUGCUGGAGAUGCCGUCGGGCACCGGCAAAACCAUCGCGCUGCUCGCCCUGAUCAUCGCCUACCAGCGGGCCCACCCGCUGGAGGUCUCCAAGCUGAUCUACUGCUCCCGCACCGUGCCCGAGAUCCAGAAGGUGGUGGAGGAGCUGCGGAAGCUUCUGGAACACUACGAGCGGGAGCUGGGGGAGCCCCUCCCCCUCCUGGCGCUGGCGCUCAGCUCCCGCAAGAACCUCUGCCUGCACCCCGAGGUCUCAGCGCUCCGUUUCGGGAAGGAGGUGGACAGCCGCUGUCUGGCCCUGACGGCCUCGUACCUGCGGGACCCCCCCGGGACGGCCCGGCCCGGCUGCAGCUUCUUCCAGGUCAUCCCGGGGGGUCCCAGAGGGGUCCCAAAGGGGUCUGGGGGGUCCUGGAGGG